AUGCUAAAAAAUAUUGUUCAUUCUUAUCAUGGAAAACUUCAUACAUUCGAUGAUUUUUAUCGUAAUGAUUCAAAUCCAAUAAAAUCACGUUUAUCAUCGAACGAUUUAACAUCAACAAAUAAUUGCCCAUCACCGUCACCAACAUCUCCAUGUUCUCCAAAUAGCAAUCCAUACACUUUUUAUAACGUAUUUUCUGAUUUUAAAUAUUCAACAGCACCAGAUGUUGUACCUGAAGAAGACGAAACUGAAGAUAAAAAUGAGAUAAUUGAACCAGACUCCAAUAGUGCAACAGCUGUUUUUUAUCUAGAAGAUGAUCAUAACAGUCAUCCUCAAAUUUCAGCAUCAUCGUCAUCUCCUAAUUGGCCAUCAUUAAUCUUUCAUCGUUUUCGACAUUCAAAUAAUAAUAAUAAUAAUUAUAAUUAUAAUAAUACUCAUUCUAUGGUUAAACAGAUGUCAAUUAAUGAAAACCAAAUGAAUUUAACGAAAUCACGUAAAAAUGAUCAUAUAGAUUCAUCAAUAAAUAAGCAUCGAUAUCUUAAACGGUCAGAAACAAUAACCCAUACAAAUGGUUUAACAGAUAGAAAAACAUCGGGUAAUAAUGAUUUUUUAGAACUAUCAUUAUCGACAACAAAUGAUGUUAAAAAACAUCGUUCAUUUGCCUCGUUAUUUAAUUAUUUUCAUCAUAGUCAUCAUCAAAAUUUACCAACGAAGAAUCCUGGUAAAUCGAAUUCAAUAGAUACACUACAUUUAGAAAAUCUUAAUUUAAAUAAUAAUGAUUUUUCACGUCCAAAACUUAUCAAACAAAAACCUUUACCAUCCAGCAAUGAAAUCUAUUCACCGGUGACUAAAUCUCCUCCAAAACCAAUUUUACCAAAACUUGCAUCUUUAUUUCAUCGUAAUCACUCAUCUGAACAACAUAUAUAUCGCGUAGGAAAUUUGAAAGCUCGCCUUCAUCAUCGAAGACAUUCACCACCAUUAACGAAUACUGCACCUAAGUUUCAAUGUCAAGAUUCUAAUGAACUUAUACAAGAAAUAAAACGGUCAGAAGAUGAACAACAUCAAGAUAAUGAUCAUCAUAUUUCUACUCAACGUCCUGUUAAACCGGUGGUUAUGAAACGUGUUCAUACAUGGCAUAACACCUUCGAUUUGCGACCAGUUGAUCAGUGUCUGGAAUAUUGA